CAAGAUAAUCAGCCCCAGCCUGCCAAGGGGUGGACAAUCUGCCGGGAACGUCCCCGAUGAUCAACGGAGGCUGAGAGAAUCAGAACUUUCAAUAAUAACAACAAUACAAUAGCAGAUCUGGCAUCGAUGAUCCCUUCCCACAGCGUAUGUACUCUGGGACAUUUGAUUGUACCUUAUGUAAGGGGGAGAAUGUAGGGGGUCUGCCGGCGCUGCUCGCAAUAACGUCGUGAUUGGCAGUCUGUUUUCAGACAUUGCCUUGGAAACGGGAAGUAUGUGUCAUAUUGUUGAAUUGUAUCAUAAAAAGAUGGAUCAGCUUGAGCAGAUGUCUCGGUUGUCUUGUUUGUCUUCAGUUUAUUCAUCGUCGACAAAAUGAUAUGGUAUCAAUCAGCUUCCUUGCUGGGUGUCGCUGUGAUCGCCCAAGCAGCCACGGUGCACUAUUCCCUUGACUUGACAUGGGAAACUGGCAGUCCGAAUGGUGUCAGCCGGGAGAUGAUCUUUGUCAAUGGUCAGUUUCCCGGUCCCGCGAUUAUUCUCAACGAGGGCGACGAGGCGAUUAUUGAUGUCACCAACCACUUGCCAUUCAACACAUCCAUUCACUUUCACGGCAUUGAACAGAAGAACACCCCGUGGGCUGACGGAGUUGCUGGCCUCUCCCAAUGGGCGAUUCAGCCCGGCCAAUCCUACACUUACCAGUGGCGAGCAGAGACUUAUGGGACUUAUUGGUACCAUGCUCAUGAUAAGGCUGAAAUUAUGGACGGACUAUACGGACCGGUUCAUAUCAGAGAUUCCCCAUUUUCAAUGAUCUCCAACGAUCCGGCCGAUAUUCAGGCCAUGAAACAAGCCGAGCGCAACGGCAAACUGGUCAUGCUGUCAGACUGGGAUCAUCUGACCGGCAAAGAGUACAUGAAGGCAUUGGAGGAGACCGGAUACGAUAUCUUCUGCUCCGAUAGCGUUCUCAUCAACGGCCGCGGCUCGGUGUUCUGCCAUGACCCCGAGGAAAUGACCAAGAUGGUCCCGCCACCGGCAAUGGCCAUCAUCAACAGCACGUUGACUGACAAGGGAUGCCUGCCAUUUGUGCUUCCCAUCCAAGGCGACUGGGAACAUCACCCUGACAAGGUCCCACCCGGCAUGAAUGAGGGCUGCCAUCCAAGCACCACGCAGGAGACAAUCUUCACAGUGGAUGCCAGACACCAAUGGGCAAGUUUCCACUUCAUCAGUGCAGCCAGUCUCAAGGUGCUGGUCGUUUCCAUCGACGAACAUCCCAUGUAUGUGUACGAGGUGGACGGCCGGUACAUUGAGCCGCAGCUGGCGCACAGUGUGAAGCUAUACAACGGCGAGCGGUACUCGGUCAUGGUCAAGCUGGACAAGGAACCGGCCAACUACAAGAUGCGCGCGGCAAACGACGCCGGCAACCAGAUAGUCUCCGGAUUUGCGACAGUGACCUACGAGGGCGGCCAGACCAGUCAGCGCCCAUCCCAGCCGUACAUUGACUACGGAAGCCGUAACACCAGCGCCGAGGUCAUUGCGCUGAAUACAAACAAUCUGCCUCCGUACCCGGCCAUCAGUCCUGCUUCCGAGCCGGAUGACUUCCACAUCCUGAGGCUCGGCCGCACCAACUCCUCUUGGGAGUGGUCGCUGGACGGAGCAACCUUCCUGCCUAACAACCUUGCUGCAUCGCCGCCAGCCAUUCUGAGUCCUGAAGCGCCCGAGUUUGCGGACGCGCUCAAGAUCACGACCCGCAACAAUACUUGGGUUGACAUUGUCUUCCAGCUGGUUGUCGGCGAAAUUACCCCAGUCCAGCCUCCUCACCCUCUGCACAAGCAUUCCAAUAAAGGCUUCCUCCUGGGAACGGGCCAGGGCAAGUUCAACUGGACAUCGAUCAAAGAAGCCAAGGAGGCGAGCCCGCAGAGUUUCUUAAAGACGCCGAUCUACAGAGAUACGUUUACUACCUCGCCGCGUGGAGAGACGUGGACUGCUAUCCGGUACCAUGUCGAGAAUCCGGGUCCGUUCCUGUUGCACUGCCAUAUGACAACUCAUCUGCAGUCGGGAAUGGGACUGAUUCUGAUGGACGGAGUGGAUGUGUGGCCCGAGGUGCAUGCAAACAUGAUUACUCCUAAGUGAUUGCCAGGAGCGGAUACCCUUAUGAAUCUUCGGUACAUAGAUUCAUUGCAUAAUAUUCAAUAUUUGUUUAC